GCAAGCUCCAUGCUCUACUAACUGAGCUACAGAGGACCACUAGCAUAGAUUGGGUCUCAUGGUGUGUGUUCCAGGCUUUGCCUUCCGUCCGUUUGAGGAGUGCUACACCUUUGUGGAGGAGUCCCAGUCAGACCCUAACCUGGUGGCUGACAAGAGUCUGAUGAUGAACCUCUACUCUGCUCUGGCUCUGUGGUAUGCCCGUCUGUGUGAGUGGGAAAAGGCCUGUUUCUUCUACACCAAGGCCUGUGGAGUGACCCGACAGGCUCCCUCAUCCAUCCACUCCAUCAACGGCGUGGUCAUGUUCCUGGAGUGUCGUGUGCUGCUGUUCAGAAAGGCCCUGGUGGAGCACAACCAACACAUCAAAGCCAUCUACCAGAGCACACAGAAGCACUUCACAGAGUUCAACCGGAAGUACUCGACCAACAAGAUGUACGCGCCCCGGGUGCUGCACCUCAGAGCUUACAUGUACGUGCUGGCGGGCCACGAGGCCCUGGCUAACGCCAUCCUCAACAAGGCUUUAAUUAUGUGUCAGCAGCACGGCAACAAGCUGGAGGAGAGCUGGAUCGCACAGAACCAGAUUUCGUGGUUCGGCGUGUUCAGGCAGAGUACCAGCAACUGGUUCGCUUCCACUUUGACCAUGCCCAGCUGGGAGGAGGCUAGGGGGAUGGACCCAGAGGAGCUGGCCCAUACCCGCUACACCCUGGUGGGUGUGGGGGGCGAGAUCUGGGCUGACAAAUCCAGCCUGCACCUCGCCCCAAAGGCAGAGGACACCCAGCUCCUCAAAGGCCAAGGAUAGGGGCCCGGUUCCUUUAUUGAGACUGUGGAGAGCACUGUAUAUGAGGCAA